UUUGCGAAUUUUUACGAGCUACUUCACAUGGUCAGAUUGUCGCAAAAACUGGUGUGUGGACUAAUUAGGCUGUGUCGAACAUGUUUGGUUUUCAAACUUAACCUUGUAAGACCCCUGGUUACACAGUAAAGUUGAUUCCUAUGUGAGUUGGGGGAAAAGGGAAAAGAGCCCAUAAGACAACUGAAAAGAAGGGGGGUGGAAAAGAGGAAGUACAUGUUAUCCAACGGCUUCUUUAGGAAAUCUUAGCAUUGGUCCACCAGAAGUAGCUGUCGUAAAAUAGUACCACAAGUGGGCUAUAUUUCUUGUUUUACUAGACUGAGGGGAGCUGUAUAUAAAGAAAAGGCUCCAAUUUUCUCUACCAAUUUUUUUAUUCGGCUAGAAGAAAAGCAACGAAGGAAAAGAGUUUCCAAAGAACUAAGAGACACACUCUGACUUUCAAACAUGACUGUAGACGUUCAGGAGAUCGAAGAGGCACAUGAUCGAGUGAAGCCUUUCAUACAUAAGACACCUAUUAUGACUAGUGAGACCUUCGACAAAUUAUUCGCUGCCGGCAAAAAAGUUUACUUCAAGUGUGAAAACUUACAGAAGACUGGCAGUUUCAAAAUUAGAGGGGCAAUGAACUCAGUACUGAAAUUGAAAGAAGAGAACCCAAACGCCACUUGUGUGAUGACCCGCAGUAGCGGAAACUUCGGAGGCGGCUUAGCUUAUGCUGCCAGAUUACACAAUUUAGAAUGCCAUGUCUUAAGCCCAUCAACGGGUUCACAAAUCAAAAGAAAGUGUGCUCAAGAGUACGGGGCCAAAGUGUCCCUUUACGACGGUUCUUUCAAGGAAUCUCAACGGGACUCAAUGAUUGAACAAAUUCAAAAAGAAACGGGCGCCCAUUUUAUAGCGUCAUCUGCCCAAGAGAGCACUAUGUGCGGUCAAGGAACAGUCGGUCUAGAAAUUUUGGACCAAGUGCCGGAUGUUGAUGCUGUCAUUUUACCAUGCGGAGGUGGAGGACUUCUUGGCGGCAGCGCUACUGCUUUGAAAUCGCGAAACCCAAAAAUCAAAAUCUACGGAGUCGAGCAUGGCAAUGCCACAAAUGCUAAGCUGUCUUUUGACCAAAAAAGACUAACUCAACCCGAGAGCCUCCCAAAAACUCUUUGCGACGGACUCGGAAACACGACUCUAAGUGAUUUGACUUUUGAUCACAUUUUGAAAUAUGUCGAUGAUGUCAUAUCCGUUCCUGAUGAAGAAACAGCCAAAGCAGUGAAGUUUAUAAUGUACAGAAUGAAAAUAGCAGUUGAGCCUUCGGCGGCUAUAGCUGCAGCGGUGCUUAUGAACCCUGAAAACAUUGAAAAGUACUUUAAAGAUUGUAAAAACAUAGUUGUGGUUUUAUCAGGAGGUAAUUUUGACUAUAUAAACCAUGCUGCUAUGCUAUUAUGAUACAAAAAAUCAGGUUGCCAGCAUAUCUAUAAAAA